GCGUAAACAAUUAUUAACUCAUUUCUUCUCAACACCUGGCUUUAAUGACUUUGCAAUAGAGAUGUUAAUUAACAUUCUUCAAACAGAAGUGUUGCUUUCAAAAGCUGAAGCUCAUCGUUGCAAGUGGGCAGCAACUGUUAACUGGAAAGGUGGUGCUGGUCAUAACAUAGAGAUUGACCUGUUUCAGGAAAACAGAAACUGUGAAAUGAAAAAGUUGAUAAGGUCAAUGGGUGCCAAUAAGACAGAGAAAGCAAUAAAACGAGCAAGCAAAGCAUCAGGUGGAGUGACUGAGAUUGUGGAAGCAUUUGAGGCACAAAUGAACAUUCAUGCUAAGUCAACAAGCCAUACUCACAAGUCUUCAACUGAUGAUGAGGCCAUAGUUGCAAGAGACCUGAGAAGUUUAAGGCCUUUCAGACAGGAAGAGGAAAGGAAAUUUGAAACAUUUGAUGGCAUUUCUCACAAUCCAACACACUUGUUAGAUAAAGACAAGUUCAAGGAAUGGAUGGAACGACAUAAGAACAAUAUAUUAAUCCACUAUCCUGUAGCAGAAGAACCUCAAUAGACCUUUUCAGGAAUUACCAGUACAUGUCACAAAUGCAUAGAAGUCAGACAGAAGACAAUGGUGAAUGUGCACA